AUGAAUUCUAAUAUUCUAAACGUGUUGGAGAAGCCGCUCUUCGAUAACGCUAUAGUAAAUUUCGAGAAGCGUUCCCACGGUCCGUAUUCGGCGACGAACUUGAACAACAACGAUGAAAUCCGCAUCCCGAUUCAGCAGCAGGAUACGUAUACGGCUCCAUAUUAUAGUCUCCUGUAUAUCAGAGGUAGACUGUGCAAAGCUGAUGGCACGGUUUCGGCGACUGCAAAGUUCGACAGGAUGGGCAUUUUGCUGCUGUUCGACGAAAUCCGAUACGAGUUGAAUGGUAUACCUGUGGAUAGAUCGCGAAACCCCGGCCUCACGACCAUCAUGAAGAACUACGUGUCAAUCAGUCAAAAUGAAAGCCUAAAGUUGGAAAAUGCCGGCUGGAUUAUCAGCGACCAUUUCACCGAUGCCGAGGGCAAUUUCGACGUAUGCAUCCCUCUGAGGAUAUGCAUGGGAUUCGGGGAAGAUUUCCAGAAAAUUAUCGUCAAUUUGAGACAGGAGCUGGUACUUAUUCGCGGCUCCACUGAUACGAACGCCAUCGUGGGCGUUGCUGGCGACGAUGAGGGUCUCCGUGUACAACUACAGAGUGUUUCAUGGAAGGUGCCACACGUAUCGGUGGCUGAUGCGGAACGUUUGAAAUUGUUGAAAUAUAUCGACAGAAACGUAGAAUUGGCUGUGCCUUUCCGUAGCUGGGAACUGCACGAGUACCCCUUGCUUACCGAGACCCGGACACAUACUUGGAGCAUAAAAACUUCUUCACAGCUGGAGAAGCCUCGAUUCAUAAUUUUCGGCUUCCAAGUGGCCCGUAAGAAUAAGAUUGAUAAGGCCAUGAGCCAGUUUGAUCAUUGCAAUUUGACCAAUUUCAAGGUGUUUCUAAAUUCCGAUUCGUACCCGUACGAUAACUUGAAUGUGGAUUUUUCAUAG